AUGUACACUACCAUCAAGGCCAUUAGCCUCUUCGCCGCCGCCGGCCUGGUUGCUGCGGCCGCCUCCUCACGAGGGCUAGGCCAGAACCUUCACGUCCGCCAGGGGCGGCCAAACUUAACCAUCCGUGACACUCCGACUUCGGUAGAUUCGCCGGCCGUUGGUGUCACGGCGACCGCGACUGCUGAUGUUGCAGCAGCUGCGGCUACAGCCAAGACGCUCUCGCCUACCUCCAACGUCGAGGGCAAAGCUUUUAACCGCAUUCUACAAAUCUAUCUCGAAACUACCGCCUAUGAGAACGCCAUCAACAACACGGACUGCCAAGCUCUGAUAAACCAAGGCAUUCUCCUGACCAACGAGUAUGGAGUGGCCGCGCCGUCGCAACCCAACUACGUCGCACCAGCCUCUGGAGACUACUACGGCACCAACAGCGACAGCUUUCUCCUGGUCGAUAGGAACGUCUCCACCAUCGUAGACCUUCUCGAGGACAAGAACAUCAGCUGGGGCGACUACAACGAGGGCCUGCCAUUUACGGGAUAUGACGGAUUUGAGUAUAGCAACCCGGUCGAGGGCAACUACGCCCGCAAGCACAACCUCCUGAUCCGCUUCGAGUCCAUCUUUCAAAACCCAGACCGGCUGGCCAAGAUCAAGAACCUUACCAUGUUUUACGAGGAUUUGAACAACAAGCAGCUUCCCCAGUGGGGCUUCGUCACCCCCAACCUUUACAACAACGGGCACGACACCAACAUCUCCGUGUCCUGCAACUGGACUCGCUCCUUUGUCGAGCCUCUGCUGCAAAACACCUACUUCAACGACGGCAAGACGGUCAUAAUGAUCACAUGGCAAGCCAAUGGAGACAAUCCCUACGCGCGCAACCAUGUCGCCGGCAUCCUUCUCGGCGGUGCCAUCGACAAGGAUCUGGUCGGCACCAAGGACGACGCCUACUACAACCACUACUCGGAGCUCUCCUCAGUCCAAGCCAACUGGGGUCUGCACACGCUCGGCCGGUGGGACGUGGGCGCCAACGUGUGGAGCUGGGUUGGGCGGAAAACGGGCGACGCGAUUCGAUCCUGGAACAAUGACAUCGCCGGUGACACCUUUGAAUCAUACUACUGGAACCAGUCGUACGGCGGCGUCUUCUCCAGCGCAAACACGUCGCUGCACGUCUACCCCGCCCCGAACCUAGAGCUGGUGCAAAACGGCCGCACCGUGCUCCCAGCCAUCGCCGACGCCUGGAAGGGCGAGUGCGGUAGCUUCCCGAGCCGGAAUGCCGACGACGGUGGCCACGAUUGGCAGUGGCGCGGCCGGCAUCGCAACAGCCGCCGUUUCGACGAGGCCGAGAUGGCCUGCGAUGGCGAGGGCGGUGAUGAUGAUAACGACGGCGCUGAUGCCUGGGAUGGAGCUGACCACUCGGGAGAUCACGUCGGCGGCAGCAACGCCGAAGCCAACGGUUCCUGCCUUCCGGACUACUACCGCAAUAUCAUUGAGAUUCCUGACGCGGCUCAUCCUCCCCAGGCUUUUGAGGUUCCUUUACCGUUGACCCCGCCGGAGCCGAUUCAGACCCCAAUCACCGUCUACCCCGUUGAUCAGGAGUAG